AGCGUACGGUGUGCAGUUGAUUUUCACGCUGGCAACACUGUUCAUCACCGUGACGACCCUGCUCUACCACUGCACCAUGAAAGCAAUCAGGCUCAACAAAUUGGGUGCCUCAUCCACGGCCUGGGAAUACACUCGAAACGCAGCGACACCAAAGCUAUGGUGAAGCUGCUCUCAUUGCAACUGCUGCAGCAAAGGGUGGAUUUCACCGCAUGUGGACUGUUCAGCAUCGACCAUGGAUUGAUGUUCAAUAUGGUUGGAUCGGUAACCACCUACAUAUUGAUUCUGUUACAAUUUGAUAUUGCACAAAACAAAUCGGACUGGCAAAUGGAGCCACAGUGAACAUCGAUAUCAAAUUUAUUUAAUCAUUUGAUUGCACUUGACCAAGCAACACUUCAAUGUACGAAUGACUUGUUACAACAAACGCCUUUGGGUAUGCAACCGUCGUCGAUAGAAACGCUUGGAAUGUGCAGCUAGCAAUUUGUAGAAGGAAAUUGGUUCUAAGUAAAAUAUGUAGCGUGAUGUGUGGAAACAUUCAAAUUCAUGAGAAUUUAACACUCUUGUUUAAAUUAACUUGUUAUUGCAACAAAUAGUACAGAAAAGAACAAUAAUUUUAGUCAAAA